AUGUCACACAACAUCGGUUUCCGAGAAAAGGACCACAAGCUGAAAACUUUCCACUCCAUCGAACCAAUCGCUGCUCGUAUAUCCUUUCAUGGUAAAGUAUGUCAAAUCAUGAACACGGAAAUACGCAGCAAAGACCUUGUUACUCAAAGACCCAGCUACUCUCUGACAGUCACCAUCAGACCAUCAGACCACCAGAUGGACAGGCUGUGUGUUGCUCUGAUUCCAUUCUUAUGUGAGUAACUUGUUUUACUGGGCCUUAUAGCUGAAUGAUAGCUGAUUUCUUGAUGUGGUUUUAUAGUUGACUAGAUCUGUUAUCUUAUUAUUGAGAUAUUGUGAUGUUUGCUAUAUUUUUACAUGCAGAGAACUUUAUGAUGAACCAAAUGGCAAUGUGUAGUUCUUCCUAACACUGUUCCUCUGCUACCUGUAGGUGCUGUUUCCUCCAGUCAGUUCAUCCUAACACUGUUCCUCUGCUACCUGUAGGUGCUGUUUCCUCCAGUUAGUUCAUCCUAACACUGUUCCUCUGCUACCUGUAGGUGCUGUUUCCUCCAGUCAGUUCAUCCUAACACUGUUCCUCUGCUACCUGUAGGUGCUGUUUCCUCCAGUCAGUUCAUCCUAACACUGUUCCUCUGCUACCUGUAGGUGCUGUUUCCUCCAGUCAGUUCAUCCUAACACUGUUCCUCUGCUACCUGUAGGUGCUGUUCCCUCCAGUCAGUUCAUCCUAACACUGUUCCUCUGCUACCUGUAGGUGCUGUUUCCUCCAGUCAGGAUGGGAUCUCUGCAUCAGAGGUGGAGCUGAGAGUCAGACCAGGAGACAACAUCACUCUCUACUGUGACUGCAACAUAACUACUGGAGUAUACAUUAUGUGGUAUAGGAACUGUUCUCACAAGUACCAGCCACCUCUUGUUAUUUCAACUACGAUUUGGCAUAACCCUUUCCCUGGAUAUAAUGUGGUGUGGAACCCCUCUAACAACUCCUAUGAUCUACUGAUUGAGAACAUCACUGGAUCUGACCUGGGACUCUACUACUGUGGGACUAAGGAGACUAACGUGGUGGAAGAAGGAAAAGGAGGUAUUACACAGAAAGGGGAAACUACAUUAAUUGAACAGAAAGAGGUCUACCACUAUGGAAACAUCACCACUAGGAUUUCACUUGGUAAGAACAAUUAUUAUUCUAUAUAUAGAUCUUCUGGCUGUAUCUUUAGUAUUAUUCAUAUUGUGUUAUUAUUGGUGUGUCUGGGUUCCAUUAAAUGUUAUUUUGAAUCAAUCAUCCGAGGGUGAUCUAAGGCCAUGAAACAUUGCCUCAAGAUCAUCUUUAAACAUCCAUUCAGCAGUAGACAAUCUAAGAAUGUAGUUCUGUUUGUGUUUAAUGUUGUGUCCAGACGUCAGUCCUCCUGAGUCCCCCUCCUCCUCUCCUGAUGUAGACUGUGGACUGUGUUGGAUGUUGCUGUUCAGUCUGUGUCCUGUGUCUGCUCUCCUCUCCUCCCUCCUCUCCUCUUCCUGUGUCUACUACUUCUGCAGAACAACAGGUACACUCACUCUCUCACGCUCUAUGUCAGGAUUCAACUUUUCACUCAUUCAUUUUUUAAGUCAUUAUUUAAGACACCCCGUCUUGCUGUAAGUAAUCAAGAAGCCGCCCCCAGGAGAGACAAAGGGUUUAGCCUGAACUCUGUUCAACCCCGGCUCGUUCCCGGGAUUUGCCUACGGGGAGCCACAGGGUCACAGUCUGGUUACAGUCCCUAAUAAGAUAAGACAACUGUAGAAUCUGACCCGAACACAGGUCAGAUGCCCAUUUCACACACACACGAACCCAGUGAGAGGAACCAAUUCAGUUCUCGCACAGCAACAGCGAUCUACCAAUCUAAAACCCAUAUCAAUGUAAAAAUCCACAUCACCAAUCAACCAUCAAUCAAUCAAUCAAAUAUUCUUUCAAAUUAUCUGGUAAACUAAUGUAGACCAUGUUAAAUAGACAGUUCAAUAUCAGAUGUGUUCUUUACUUGUUGUUGUAAUGGUGAUAACUCUUCCUCUGCAGCUGCAGCUGAGACUCAGGUUCCUCUGAACAGGACGACCACCAGGGGAAGUGACAGCAGAGAGAAGGUGUAG